AGAGUAAUCUGUUGAUCUUCCAAAGUCACCUGUGUGAAAAUGCUCUUAGCUAAGCUCUGUUUAACAUCCCCUUAGAGGAAAAUGAAGACGUGUCUUAUGAAAUUCUGCAGAAUACUUUGCUUUGCAUUGACUUUGCCCUUACAGCUAAUGGAGGUGACAGGCCUGUACGGUAUGUACAAACGUUUGUUCCCCCUGCUUGCUUACAACAUUACAUUUUCGUACAACGAUAAAAUGCACAAGACGAAGAGAAAUCUUUUCCGAAACGUGGGCAAAUUUGCACACAGCGACGGGACGCUUCGCUUGCUGGAGAUCGGCUGUGGCAGCGGGGCGAACUUCCAGUUCUACCCAUACGGCUGCACGGUGGUGUGCACUGACCCCAACCCGCACUUCGAGAAGUACCUGCGAAUGAGCAUGGAAGCAAAUAAGCAUCUGACAUAUGACAAGUUUGUGGUUUUGUCUGGAGAGGACAUGAAGGAAGUACAGGACGAGUCCGUGGACGUCGUUGUCUGCACCUUGGUUCUCUGUUCUGUCAGCGAUGUGCAGCAGGUGCUGCAGGAGAUCCGGCGCGUCCUCAAAUCAGGUGGAGCCUUCUACUUUUUGGAACAUGUUGUCUCUGAUCCGUCCUCCUGGACAUACUUCUUUCAGCAUGUACUUGAACCUCUGUGGUACUAUCUUGGGGAUGGAUGCAAUGUUACCAGAGCAACGUGGAAAGAUCUAGAGGCUGCUGGUUUCUCUGAACUUCACCUAAAACAAAUUGAGGCUCCAGAGGUUACUUUAAUGAUAAGACCACAUAUCAUGGGAUAUUCCAUUAAAUGACGGCAGGGAAGAAUGGACAGAUGUUAUUUUUCCCUGUGUACAUCAUUUAGUGGGUAUAUAGUAUUUUCACUCUAAACCCAGUCAUUAGUCCCUCUGGGAAUAUUUUACUUCCUGCUAAUGCCUUAUAUUCUUAUUUAGUUUGCCAUCACAAACCUCAUGUGUCAUGUUCGUUGGUCCACAACUAACAUUUAUGUCAAAGUACCGAGUCAAAAUUAAGUCUGCAGGUUUCACAUUAUUAAUU